AGGAGCCCGCCUCUCUGCCAUCGGUCGCAUUGCUUUGCGUGACAAACCGAGCCAGCAACAGCAUUCAGCAGCAAUCUACGGAGGCGGUCGAUUGUGGCCUCGCUUUAUGGACCAGGUGUGCGAGCGUCCUCCGCCUGUUCCCAGAAAGGAGUCCAGGACCAUAGAGAAUUCCCCGAGCCGGCCGCAGAGCGCUAGAGGAAUUCCAGCAGCGUCUCGCUCCUCAUCUGCCCCCAGGUGUCCCUCAUCCCAGCGCGGCAGCUCUCUUCCUCGGGAGCCAACCGGUGACGUUGGGAGAGGCCCACCGCAACGAGCAGCUUCUUCGAUCGACUGUUCUUCCUUUGACAGAGGGAAUGGCCCAGUGCCGCCCCACAACUUGCCUGGCCGGACAGCCUACACGAGGAACAUCCUAGGUGGAUCACCGGUGCCCCAGGGACCUCCAAGCUCCUUUGGACCAGGAGCUGGAAUUGAAGACUUGGGCUACAAGGUAUCACCGGGACAGUUUCAGGCUUCUCUUGUGCAAACAGUGGAGUCCCUUCUCCAAAGCAAGCUCUCACAAGCUCCAAAUAACAGUCAGCGGAGAGCGAGCAAAGUGAGUGGCAGUGAAGGUUCGUUGCAGCGGGACUUGAGCCUGCCAACCAUGGUUGAUGAUUUAGUUCUGUACACCGAACCACAAGACGAGCAUGACCAGAGACCAGGUCUUGGCUCUGUCCAACCCAAGGGUCGCGCAGAGGUCAUGCAACAGUGGUUGAGACCAGACCUUCCACAGGCAAACCUGCGCUCAGAGCGGCGUGAUCCGCUCCCCCGUGCUUUGCAGCUUCGCAACUCAGCACAGGCUCAAGAUGCCGAGAUGGAAUGGAGUACCUUGUCAGAUGCUUCCAGACAGGCGAUUCGACAGUGGGUUGCAGGUCAACUAGGAGGAAGACAUUGCAUGCUGGUCUUAGAACAAGGUUGUGCUGAAACAGCAGUGCCACCAACUUCUGAAACUUCCAUGCUGCCAGACCUCAGGGGUGGUGCUGUGCUGAAUGUCCUCUCAGGGCUUUUUGCAGAGGGUGGCCUUCUCAACCCGCAAGGGUUAGGGAGCUGGCUUUUUCAGGCAGUGUUCUCCAAGCACCCGCAGCAGGUCCUCGAAGAGGCCCUGGAGCAGUGCAUCCUGGAGAUCGGUGACCCUCGACUGGAGCGGCUCACAGACAUUUCCCCAGAGCAGGUGAACCUUGCAUUGAGGCGGCUGCUUCUGAAGGCGCAAUUUCGCAGUUGUGGUACGCUCGGCCUGGCAGGCAGCCAAGACGAAUGCACCAAGUUGCAGGUUUGGCUAGAGCUGGCAAGGCUUCACGUUGAAGGUUGGCCGGGCAUUGCAGGAGCUCCACCUUCCAAGGAGCGACCCCAGCGUCCCUCCACUGACAAGGCGUUUGGCGAUGGUGGCGUGCUGAAAGAGCUCGGCAAGCAGGAAAUUGAGCUCGAGGCAGAAUCGCAGCAGAUGUCGUUAGAGACACUGAGAGCUCAGAAUCGGCUCAUUGAAGAGUAUGUAAUGCGACUCGUACGGCAGCGGGAUGAGCUGAAGCAAGUCACAAAGCUGGCGGAGGAACGAGACUCCUACUACAUACUAGGGCUAAGCGGCCCAUCUGCAAGUGAAGAGGAGGUGAAGAAGGCCUACCGGAAUUUGGCGAGGAGGGAACAUCCUGACAAGGCUGGAAUUGGCAACAAGAAACGCUUCCAAGCGAUUCAGCAUGCCUACACCUCCAUCCUCAAGAAGAGGCAACUUGGCGGGCCAGCUGUUCCAGAGGAAGAAGUCAGAGAUGAGGCUCCAAAAGAGGUGGUCUCAGCCCUGCUGAAUGAGUCCUAUGGCUAUGGCAUGCAGGCACAGGAAGCGGCGGAUAGUGUGGCUGUCGGUGCACAUCGGGCCAUGCGUGCCUGGGAGGAUUCGGAGGGCAAGCGUCGAUCUUUGCGCGGUCUGCGGGAACUGACCCGUCAGAGCGCUGUGGAGUUGCGAGGUCUCGGGCAGCAGCUGCGUUCCCUCGGUAGAGCCACCGUUGCCACUGUACGAUGUGCAGAGGCCUUCUUGAGUGACAACAAUGACAUUGCGGACACCUUGAGCACUGGAAUGGCUCUCCGCGAUCGUUGUGCCAUUGUGGAAGAUGCAGGCAAUGCAUGCGCUACCUCGGCGGAGCUGUUGGAGAGGAUCAGUGAAGCGACAGAGGCCACGCUGAAGAAGGUGGAGAAAGCUGCCCCUGAUGCCAAUGAUGGCAACAAUCUUCAGCGCCUUGGUACCCGACUCUUGACGGAGAGCCUUGCCCGCAGCUCCUCGGUUGCACGUCGCACAGCUGAAGAAGCCAUUUCCUGUGCGAGGAAGACCUUGGACCUCCACAAGGGCUUGAUGAUGCUGGAUGCCGAAGCGCGCAAGGAGCGCGAGCGCCUACGGAAACGCCAGCAAUGCCCGGAGGAUGAGCCAAUGCCUGCAGCCGACGCAGAAAGGCCGACGGAGAAGCCAAGUACUGGGCAGAAGGAAACCAAGGAUGCAAAGAAGCCGGAAGAAGUGCCAAGGACUCCCCGGUCCAGGCCAAUUACGCCCUUGGCGCUCCAGACACCAAGAGAUCAGCUCAAGUCUGCCGCAAAGCGAGUGAAGGAGCGCCAUGUGUCACUGCGAGUAAAGAACUUGCGCUUCUUAGCGAGCCUCAACGAGGAAGCACUUCGUACGCAGGCGCGCCUCUUUGCUUUGCUAGAGCGCAGCGAAGGAGCCCUGAUUCCUGAGAUCUCCGUGUCUCAGAAGGGUGUCAUCUUCGAUUUGGUGGCACAGCUCCUGGAUUUUGCUUUAGCAGAGGCAGGGAAGCUUGCUGGAAAUUUGGCAAAUGCUCCUGCCCGGAUUCUGGAGCGGGUUAUGUCUUUCGCUUUGGCCCUGGAACAUGGCAAGGAGCUUGCCAUGCCAGUGGACUCACGCACACAGGCCCUGAAGCUGGCCUCUCUCAUCGACACUCAGUUGCUUUGUCAGGUUGUGACUGGGCCCUUCCGCCGACGUUUGUUGGCUUUGGCCCGCAAGCGCUGCGAGGGAGGUUACGCCAACCGAAGAAGCUCUUCGGGAUCAAUGAAGGCUUGGGAGGAAGCUGCCAAUGCUUGUUGCGAGCGAAUUGCUUGUUGCAUCCAGCAGGCAGUGAUGCAGAAUGGCAGCGAAACACAAGGUCAAGCAACUUCUUAGCACGGUAUUCUGAAUUUGUGGCAGCGCAUGAAAUAGGGUUUGUGCUAGCGGUUUGUCGCUAGCAUUGAAGAAAGGGGCUCUAGAAGUGCAUCCCUCGC